GCAUAUUCAGCGAAGAUGGUAAAUGCAUCUACCGACGCCAUCUUUCGCAAGCCGGCUGAAGUAUAUAAUUCCGUCAUUUUUCCAAUUUUCGUGCGACAUUUGAAACAAGUUCUUCCAGGAAACUGUCGGAAACUCAAGAGCGCAAUGGCUGAUCUCAAACCCGCAGAAGUUGAAAGAGCCCGAGAGCACUUCGAAAUUUAUGACUUCGAAGGAGAAGGAAAGAUUGACGCGAAAGAUUUGGGAGAUCUGCUCAGGUCACUGGACUGUAAGCCCACGAAUGCCACAGUAGAAAAAGCUGGUGGUACAAAGAAAAAAGGUGAAAAAAAGUUAAACUUUGAAGAAUUCCUACCAAUUUUUAGCCAAAUGCGAAAAGAAAAAGAAAUUGGAACUCUAGAGGAUUUCAUGGAAGGCUUGAAGGUAUACGACAAAGCAGAAAAUGGAACAAUGCUAGCGGCAGAAUUAGCUCAUGUAUUAUUAUCUUUAGGUGAAAGAUUAUCAGACGCUGAAUGUGAUGAUAUUUUACGAUGUUGCGGGGGAACAGAAGAUGAUGACGGUUUCAUAAAAUAUGAACCUUUCGCAAAGAGUGUUAUGACCGGACCUUUUCCAGAAGAAGUAAAAUAAGGAUUUUAGUGUUUAAAAAGAAGAUAUGGUGAAAAUUAAUUUUGAGAUGCGCUGACGAAAAGAUGUUUUGUCCUUCCGUUUAUGUAAAAAAGUGCUUCUCAAUAUUUAAGAAAAAAAAAUGGCUUUUGGACUAAACUGUCACGCAUUAUUCUGUAAAUUGCAAAUUUUUUUCUUUUUGAAUGCCAUACAUCAUUGAAUAAAAAGAUAAGAUAUUCCGUCUAUUUACAUA